AUGACAGAAGAUUUUCUUCGAAAGGGCCAGGAGGUACCAUUGCAGUGGUCUUUACUAGCAGGAUGUGUAUCUGGACUAAGUGCACGAUUCGUCACUGCACCACUAGAUACUGUGAAAAUAAGACUUCAAUUACACCUCGUCAACGAAGCGUCUCAGGGAGGUAUUAUCUCUAUAGUACGCUCAAUUAUACGUGAAGAAGGGGUGCGUGCAUUAUGGAAGGGAAAUGUGCCCGCUGCUGCAAUGUAUCUGCUAUACGGUGCAACGGAAUUCGGCGCAUUUUCGACUUUAAACAAGACCUUAGCAGGUAACCAAUUGCCGGCUCAAAUUCAUACCUGUGUUGUUGGGGCUCUAGCUGGCUCUUGCAGUGCAGUAACGUCGUAUCCGUUCGAUGUCCUGCGAACCCGUUUUGUUGCUAACCACGACAAAAAGCUGGCCACAACGUUCGAAACCGCUCGCGAUAUCUGGGCUCAUGAAGGUCUGCGCGGGUUUUUCAAAGGUGUUUCUUCAUCAGUGGUGUCAAUGAGCAUUGCCUCUUCCGCCAUUUUUGCAACUUACGAAACGAUCAAGAUCUUUUGCGAGCAGAGCAAGCACAGAGACUCUGGUCCAGUCAAGUUUCUGGAGUCAUCCGCAAGUGUCAUAGCGGGGCUGCUAUCGAAAACGCUGGUUUUUCCUAUCGACACAGUGCGGAAGAGGCUACAAGUUGUCAAUUCCAAGAAUCUCGUAAAUUUAAGCCGACACAACCAUGCUUAUGACGCGUAUAAGGGUACCAACUUCACGCAGUUGGCGCAGAAAGUGGUACAGAAAGAAGGAUAUCGAGCUCUGUAUCGAGGAUUCACCUUAGGUGUAAUGAAAAGCGUGCCUAGCACGGUGGUUAGCAUUGGGGUCUACGAAUGGACAUUACAAAAUUUGGGAUCGAGGUUUAGAGCUCAAGCAGAUGACAAUGGUGCACGCCAAACAUGA